AUGGGUGUCUUGAGCUGCGUGAAGUACCUGAUGUUCGUCUUCAACGUGCUGGUGUUUGCUGGGGGGACGUGCCUGUCAGGCGUGGGGGUCUGGGUGGCCGUGGACCCAGCUGGUUUCCAGGACAUCGUGGCCUCCAAGGCCGUGCUGAGCGCGGGUGCCUACCUCCUGCUGGCUGUGGGCAUCGCCCUCUCGCUGCUGGGCUUCCUGGGCUGCUGCGGGGCCCUUCGCCGGAGCCGGCCGCUGCUGCUGGUGUUCUUCAUCCUCGUGAGCCUCAUCUUCGUCAUGCAGCUUGUGGGGGCUGUCCUCUUCCUGGUGCAGUGGAAACAGCACCUUGACACAACCCUGAGCCUGACUGCACUGAUCCUGCAGAUCAGGCCGGAGCUCUUCCUGUCCGAGCUGCGGAGGAACUACUGUGGGGAUGAGGACACAGAGGUCUUCUCCACAGCCUGGAACACCCUCAUGAUCACGUUCUCGUGUUGUGGCGUUUUAGGACCUGAGGACUUUGGGAAUGGGUCCCAGUUCCAGGAGCUGCACCCGGGGAUGCCCUGGCCGCAGGCCUGCUGCACCCGGGAUGGGCUUCUGCAGGCUGGCCAGCUGCUGGGCUGGGAGCAGUGCCGGGAGAAGAGCCCUGGCUACAUCCAUGAGCAGAUCUUUGCCAUGUUCUUUGCCAUUUGCCUUUAUUACAACUUCGACUGA